UACUUCCUUCCUAAUCCCUUUUUAUAAACUCCCCUGCUUCUGCAACUCUUUCAAAUAUUCUUUUGGAUUUAUUUAUCUAUAAAUCUCGACGACUGCUUUUUAUUUCUUUGUAGCUACUUGAAUAUUUCAAGCGUUCUUUUUUUUUUUGUUCUCUUCAACUAUAAUCCUCUUGCAUGAAUAUCUCUUAUUUGUGUGAACUUAUAUUUACAUGAAUAACACCAUGAGGCCUAGGAUGAAGAUCCAGUUUCACUUGGCUUACGACAGAGGUUAGCUUAAAUCCUACAUAUAUUUUACGUAAUACGUGUUUUUUUCUCAUUAAUUUCUGUUGGGAAUAAAAGCAAAAAUGGAUUUCAACAAAGCUGAAAAAGGAAAGAAAGGAUUAAUCCCAAAAACAUGGGAGAGAUGUAAAUCUUUUGGUCGAAAAAACUCAUCAGAAAAUCGACAUGCUCUGACGACAAAAAAGACCAGAAAAAGAGUUCGAGUUGCUACAGAAGGUUGUUUCUCGAUCUAUGUCGGACCACAGAAGCAAAGAUUUGUGAUUAGGACUGAGUAUGUGAAUCAUCCCAUCUUCAAGAUGCUGCUUGAAGAAGCAGAAUCAGAGUUUGGUUAUAACAGUAAAGGUCCUCUGGUCCUCCCUUGUGAUGUUGAUAUUUUUCUCAAGGUUUUGAUGGAAAUGGACUCUGAUGAGAUUGGUCAUCCUCGUCGUGGUUGUAGCUUUGCCAGGACUUAUAGCUCUUAUCACCUCACUCCAACAAGAUUUGUUGCCAUGAAGAAUGAGCUUUCCUUUUAACCAGAUAUAUCAAGUUAAUUCUCUAAUUAUGUUUUACAAACACAUUGUACGCAUUGUCUUCUUUAGCCCAACAAAUUUGUCCUUGGGUUAUGUGAUCGUGCCAAAAGUAUGUGUACCAUAUGAACGUGUAUGUUUUAUAUGUCACUUCACUUGCGCCCUUUUCCAUUUCAAUGAGAGAUUUGCUUAAAGUAGUGUUAUAUGCAACCCGCUUGCUAGCUAGCCUAGAAGUCUGGCAAUCCUUCUCCUUGAUCCCGUCCUCAUCAAUCUGUCCUCCGUCAUGAGAAUUGUAAUUUCAAGCGAAGAUGACCUCAGAUGGUUGUUGUAUGGAUAUCAUGAACUGACUAUAAGGUUAAUAUGCCUGUGUUUACAUUUUUACAUGGAUUUAUAGUUCUAGAAUCUUUUUCUCCCUUCAUUUGUA